AUGCCGGAUCCCAAGAACACGCCGGCAAGCUCCGAGCCACCGCCCUCGCAAUUACCGCCACCAGCAUCAUCUCCCAAUACCAAGCACAAGAACCCGCGAAGGACGUCCCCAGGCAACUCCAUCACCCUCCGACACCACCGCCUGGCCAGAGAUGUCACCAGGCGCCUCUCCCCGACGCCCGGCCCCGUCCCCCCAGCCUCGGCGCUCAAGUCGCCGAGGAGGAACUCGUCGGGGGACAGCAACGAGACCGGUCUGAGCGACCCCAAGAAAUGGUUCGAUUCGUCGAACCAGAACGCGGUGGGCAAUCUAGAUACGACGGCAAUGGACAUCGACCCGCCAUUCUACCCCAAGGAGACGGAUUCCUCAAACGAAGAGGCCGCAAAGUACGGCGGUUACGGGGUGUCGUCGCGCAGCCCGGCGUACCGGUUCGCCCACAGCCGCACGCCCGGACUCCGCCCUGGGGUCACCCAUAGCAGCAGCGCCGACGACUACCGCAGCGUCAUCGACGACCUGACGGUCGAAAACAAGCGCUUGAAAGAGGAGCUUCGAAAAUACCGACAGAUGGGGCCCGACUCGAUGCGGAGGGAUAAAUUGUUCGAAGUCAAGGUUCACGGGCUGUCGAGCCGGAAGAAGCGCGAGUUGGAGGCCGCCCUCCGCGAUUUCACCACGAACCUGGAGGGCUCGAGCACCGGCGCGUCCCCGAACCGGAAAAAGGUGCUUGGCAAGUCCAAAAACGUGCACUCGUCGAUGUCUAAGCACGCGUCCUCAUCCUCGGGGUCGAAUUCGCGACCGGUGGAUUCGGCGUACGCGUCCAUGUCCACCGGCCAAUGUUCGUCGGUCCCCUCGCUCCCCGGCCAGGCCAAGGCGGCACGGCAGCGCUCCGAUCAGAGGAUCGAAAGCUAUCUACGAGACAUUCCCGAGGGCCUACGGCCCCGGCCGACAGCGAUGACGGAGAACGAGAAGAAGAAGCUGGUGGUCAAGAGGCUCGAACAUCUGUUCACGGGGAAGAUGGGCGAUCCGGCCGACAAGGUGCCGUUGCCCCUGGUGCCCGAGCCGAUCACGGAGGACGUGCAGAUGGAGGCGUCGGACGACAAGGUGGUGCCCCCGACGGAGGCGAUACGCGAGGCGCAGAUCCGACCGCGGAAUCUGCGACGCAAGGAGAGCAGCUCGCGCGACAACGCGUCGGCGUCGCACUCGCAUUCGCACUCCAACUCGCACUCGAACGGCGACCAGACGGAAUCUCGAGACAACGGGAACGGCAGCGGGAGCGGGAGCGGGAGCGGACACGUCAGCGGCGGCCUCGGGACCGGCAAUAACACGUCACCUCGGGGGGCCAUGCCGCCGCCAGAACAACGCCCGACGCGGCCACGCGACCUGGACCCUGAUCGCCGGCAGGUGCCGUCGGAGAAUAUGAGCUACAUACGCCACCUGGGGUUGGUCGCACCGGAAUCUCAGAUGCAAUACUCGGCACGGGACGUGUCGCCAGACGCGGAGGGCUGGGUGUACCUCAAUCUGCUCUGCAACCUGGCGCAGCUGCACAUGUUCAAUGUGACGCCGGCAUUUAUCCGCAACGCGGUGUCGGAGAAGAGCACGCAGUUCCAAUUGUCGCUGGACGGGCGGAAGAUCCGCUGGCGGGGCGGGGAAGAAGGGACCAGGUUCAGCAGCGAGAGCACGAGCACGUCGCAGCGCAACCAAUCAAGCGACGACACGGACGGGUCCAACGGCCAGGACCAGCGGAAGAAGCAGAAGACGCAGGCGGCGGGCAAGAAUGACGUCACGGCGCACAAGCCGUCCAAGUUCGGGUUGGGGCUGCAGGAGUCGAACUCGUCGGAGAGCUUCCACUACAAGCCCUUGUUCGUGCACCACCAGGCGUCGCUGUCUGACGAAUUGCCGUCGGUAGGGGAGGAGACGGGGUCGUCGUACGGGCCGCCCGAGGAGAGCAACCUGGGAAUGAAUUCGCGGUGGGGGCAGAGCGGUGUGUCGGGCGUUUCACAGCGUAAGCGCCGACGCGACGGCGCAAUCAUCUACUACAGCGGGGCACCCUUCUGCACCGACCUGUCGGGCGACUUUGGAGAGGGCGAGGUGUCGCCCAACACGUACGAUAUGACUUCAUCGGGCGAGCGGGCCCUGCGCGACACCGACCCGAACGAGUCCCACGAUCCCUGCUGCCCGCUGGGCUUCGGCAUCGCACGUCCGCAGAUCCAGCGCUCUACCUCGGGAUCGUCGAUUCCCUUCCGACCGCUCAGCAGCGUCCCCGACCCCCGCGGCGACCCCAUGGACCAGGACGAGCCCGACCUGCCCGACCUGACUGCGGGCGAGACCGACGACGAUAUCGACGCCGACUUCCCCUGGUCCGACGGUAAGCAGCAGCCUGCCCUGUCGAAGCUCGAGGCCAGCGGGCUGGGCGGCGUUUCUCCCGAGGACCAUUUCGUCGUAGUUGUGUCGACGCGGCGGCCAAAGUACGCCCGCUACGGCGAAGACGACGACAACGACAGCUGCUGCUCCGACGGCGACGAGACCCUGCCGAUGCGACCGAGCUUUCUCGAUCGUCCGAGCGCGAAGACGGCGGCGGAUUCCAAGAUUACGACGGACUCUAUCAUCAGCAAGCUAGCCACGAUGACGACCGGAUCGCCGAUGCCGCUGCACCUCCCGACCGUCAUCCAGGCGCAUCCCAUCAAGAUCGAGUACCUCGCCGAUCAGAUGCGUAAGCUGCCCCCCGUCCCCCUCCCCCCCGCUACGUUCUACUUCCCCGGCGGCGAUUCGGACCUGGACGAAGAGGAGGAGAGCGGCGAGGCCGCGUCAGAGGGGAGCUUGAUGAGCCGCCGGGCAAUCUUGGAAGACGACCCGAGCUCGGAUAUCGACCUGUCCGGGAACGACGAGGAGGACGAGCAUUCCGACGACGUCCACGGCUACGACGCGAGCGGCAGCAUCUCGCCCGAGAACGCCGACGAGGCGCCCGACCUUAGCGACUUCAAGCGGGGCCGCAGCGGGAAGCCCUCGGAACUGUCCAAGAUAACCACGGGGAGCUCGGCCGCGACUGCGGGCGGAGCUGUCAGCGGAUACAAUAGCAGUAUGGAAGAGGACACGUGA